ACUCGUGUCAGUUGUCUCCGAACCCUCGAGUUGUUCGGACGUUUAAAACGCAUUUUUUACACCGCAACAACAAUAAUAAAAUUAAUAUUAAUAUUAUUAAUAUAAACGAACACUUAUCUAAAAAACAAAUUGAAGAAACAGAGAUAACGUGAAAUAAAUUGUUAUCGGUAAAUUAUUUUUAACUGGUAUUUAAAUCCAAAUAUUUUCUUUAUUUAAUUAUUAUUAUUUUUUGUUUUAUUGCUCUGAGUCAUUAGCAAUCAAACCGUGCGGGAGGUGAUUUUUUUUUCAGUUCUCAUUUUUUCAACCAGUUCCAGUGCUUUUUAAAAUCCGUAAAAACGUAGUCAUUAAAUAGAAUGGUAGCAUCACAAAACGACGAUAGAAGGGGCGGUGGUGAGUCUCCGCCAACAAACGGAGCAUCAGCAACCCCCGCGGCAGACUCGUCGCCUCCGGACGAGCAUGAAACAGCAGUCUACACAGUCUCAGUGACCGGCGUGGGGUACAGAAAUGAAGGGUACAAAGAAGACGGUACCGACGGAAUCCCACCCGAGCCAACAAAGCCCCCGGCGCUUCCCGCCCCCGAUGAUGACACGCAAUCAAGGAAGUUCAAAUUAUCGCGCAGUGAAAAGUGGCGGAUCCUCAAAAACAUCGGAACAGUGUCGAUAGCCUUCAUGGUCCAGUUCACCGCCUUCCAGGGGACGGCGAACCUCCAGUCCUCAAUAAACGCCUCCGAUGGUCUGGGAACAGUCUCACUGUCCGCGAUUUACGCGGCGCUGGUGCUGUCUUGCAUAUUCGUCCCGACUUUCCUGAUAAAAAGGCUCACUGUGAAAUGGACGCUCUGCUUGUCGAUGCUCUGCUACGCACCCUAUAUUGGAUCGCAGUUCUACCCGAGGUUUUACACCCUCGUACCUGCCGGGGUGCUGCUCGGGCUGGGGGCGGCUCCUAUGUGGGCUGCCAAGGCCACUUAUUUAACUCAAGUCGGUGGGGUUUAUGCCAAACUGACCGAUCAACCUGCCGAUGCAAUUGUUGUCAGGUUCUUCGGGUUCUUCUUUCUUGCCUGGCAGACUGCUGAACUCUGGGGCAAUCUUAUUUCUUCUCUCGUGUUAAGUGAAGGAGAAUUCGGUGGCGAAGGUGACAUAAAUUCAACGCGCUACAAAAAACUAAAAAGUUGCGGCGCUAACUUCUGUGUGAUCGGAAACGGUGCGGAUGAAUCCUUGAAGCGUCCACCAGAUUCCGAGAUCUACGAGAUAUCCGCGAUCUACUUAACUUGCGUCAUCGUCGCUGUUAUUAUAGUCGCACUUUUUGUGGAUCCUCUUUCAAGGUACGGAGAAAAACAGCGUAGAAAUGAUAGCACAGAGCUGAGCGGUAUCCAGCUGUUAUCAGCGACAGCCUAUCAAUUAAAAAAGCCAUACCAGCAAUUACUGAUACCAAUAACAGUAUGGAUUGGUAUGGAGCAAGCAUUUAUCGGCGCCGACUUUACUCAGGCUUAUAUUUCAUGUGCAUUGGGAGUCCAAAAAGUCGGCUAUGUCAUGAUAUGUUUUGGGGUAGUGAACGCCAUUUGUUCAUUACUGUUUGGCUCGGUAAUGAAAUUUGUCGGAAGACAACCACUAAUGGCUCUGGGUGCCAUAGUUCACGCGGCGCUAGUCGGUGUCCUUCUGGUCUGGAGGCCGCACCCAGAAAAUGCCUACGUUUUCUUCACCGUCUCCGGACUCUGGGGCGUUGGAGAUGCUGUUUGGCAAACCCAGGUUAACGGUCUGUACGGUACACUCUUCAGAAGAAAUAAAGAAGCAGCAUUUUCAAACUACCGGCUAUGGGAGAGCGUGGGUUUCGUAGUGGCAUACGCAUACAGUACUCACCUGUGUGCAAGAAUGAAGCUCUACGUGAUGUUAUCAGUCCUAGUGAUCGGUUUCAUGGGUUAUAUAGUGGUAGAAAUCUUGCACAGACGCAAGCAAAAAAGGUUAAAAGCCCUGGCAGAGGACCCGAAAGCCGCCCAGGCGGCGGCUGAGGCAAACCUCCCCGAGGAGACCGACGACGAGAAGGACGAUAUCGAUGACGAUAUCAUUAUCACCCACUUGUAGGAGUUGAGGAUUCCCAAAAUCGAUAGCAAGUAAGCCUGACGGUCUGACGCACAGGUUUAGCCUCUCUUACCUCGUAACUGCAAGCUCGCUCGUCGACCCGCGCGACCAAAUUAAUCAAAUAUCCUAAUAUAGAGUAUAAAUAUUUAAUAUUCACAUAAAUAUAAAUAAACUACAAGCUUUAAUUUAUAAAUAAUAAUAAUAAUAAUAAUAAUUAAAUAUUAAAUAUUAUUUAUUAUUUUAAAGAAAAAAAUUAUAGCGCGUUUAUUUAUAGUUUGCCGGGGCGACGAUCGAAGGAAAAUGCUUGGAAGCCAUUUCCGGACACGUUUGAUAAUUGCUAAUUUAAUUAGCAAAAAUAUUAGCUGAUUUUAUUUCAAGCUAACUCGCUUUCUUCCCGUAAGAAGCGCUUGGGUAUCAACGUGGUUAUUUCCCGACUUGUAAAUAUAUAUUUAAAAAAAUCACAAACCACAUGCAAGAAAAUAAAAAAUUAUUUUUCAUUAAAAAUGAAAAAAAAAAUUAAGAACAAUUUAUUGAUGAUAAUUGGAGCUAUAUAUAAUCGAAAAUAUUUAUGUAAAAUUAUUAAUAAUUAUAUAAAUAAUAAUAUAAAAUAUUAGAUAUUGCUCGUAGCCAUCUAGCGGUGUAACCAUGAAGCGCCUGUUUGAUUGUAUUGUACAGUAUGUUUACGAAUAAUGGACUAGAAAGUGUGAUUAAUCAUGUAAUGGUAAGGAUGAUGAUGAAUGGGAAGAAAUGAAAAAAAAAAAAAAAAAAACUGCUCGGGAAGAACGAGAUGACACUGGAUAUCAUCCCAGAUUAUACUGAGUGAAA